CUCUCUUUAUAGUGUCUCUAAAAAAAAAGCUCUAUAUAUUUGGUGUUGUUCCUUCUUUCAUCUUGAAUUAACCAUUUCUUCUUCCUUUUUUUUCUCUUCAAAUAAACAAAAAAAAUAAAAUACAUCAAAAAAUGGCAAGUUGCAUUGAUGUUGCUUCUGAUCAACUUUGCUAUAUCCCUUGCAACUUUUGCAAUAUUGUUCUUGCGGUGAGUGUUCCAUGCAGUAGCCUAUUUGAUAUUGUGACUGUUCGUUGUGGACAUUGCACAAAUUUAUGGUCCGUUAAUAUGGCAGCUGCAUUUCAGUCCUCUUCUUCUGCUUCGUGGCAAAAUCAUCAGGUUCAGGUUCCAAACUACACUGCUCCUGAGUAUAGGAUGGAUUUUGGUUCAUCAACCAAAUGCAACAUGAACAGGAUGUCAAUGAGAACUCCAAUCACAAACAAUGUUCACGAGGAGAGGAUUGUCAAUCGACCUCCCGAGAAGAGGCAGAGAGUACCUUCUGCAUAUAAUCAGUUCAUAAAAGAAGAAAUUCAGAGGAUUAAAGCUAAUAAUCCAGAUAUCAGUCACAGGGAAGCAUUUAGUACUGCUGCCAAAAAUUGGGCACACUUCCCUCAUAUUCACUUUGGACUCAUGUUGGAGAGCAACAAUCAAGCCAAACUUGCUUGUGGGAGCAGAAAACUAUAAAUUACUUUGCAAGACAAAUAAAAGAUCUUCAUUUCAUGAAGCUGUGUGUGAACUUGAAGACAAGAGUGUGACAUUCAAGAUGUUCUAUGGAGUGUGGACAUUAUAAACUAUAUAUUAUAAUUAUGUCUCUUUUUUUUUUUUCUAAUUAAUUUGUUGUAUUUCAACUUAUAUAUUGUUGAAAAAACUAAGUUUCUUUAAUUAUCAUUGUCUUCCUCUUAUCAAUUGUCUUUCUCUAAUGAAAGAAAACUUUAGAGAGGUUUCUCCAUCA